UUAUGCGACCUUUUCAGAAAAGAUACUGAUUUAAAGUGGGCAUGCCUGGAACCUCCUCUUCCCUCAGUUCUUCGCAGUCUAAUUUCUGACCACAACUACGAAACAAGGAUUAUUAUUUCUGUUAAUAUUGAUAUUUUUUUCACUGGAAGUGAGACUUUUAAAAAGUCUUUUGAGUUUAUAAAAGAAAGUUUGAAAGAACAUAUGAGUGCUUUUCAAGAUGGCAGUACUCUACUUCGCGCAGAAAAUAUUGCUACAGCCUUAUUGGGUUUUGGGGCCAUGGCUAACUAUUCACUGGAAGAAAGCUCUUCUGUUUUACAGUUACUUCUUCACUCGCGGCUAUUUGGUUUUGAAAAGUUUAUAACACUGCUUCUUAAGCGAAUUUCAAAAAACAAGGCGCAUGCAAACCUCCAGUCUUUUAUGGCUUCCCACUUUCCAUACUGCUUUGAUCAUUGGAUUACCGAAAAGUUUUCAUUGGAGCAACUUCCUUACACUCUCUUUGGUUUUAACACGCUCUCCGCUCUUCUAUUGGCUCACCUCCCCUUCAUUGUGGCUCUUUUUGUUGCUUACGAAGAACUAAACAGUCUGAAAAUAGUUUCAAAAAUAGUGAAAAAGCCUCUGGAAACUUUAUAUAUCGAGUGCUUCCCUGAUAUUCUUGCACUUGACCUCCCGAUGGCUCUGAGCUCUAACACCCCAAUGGCGGUGGAAACUUUUCUACCAAAGCACCUUAAACCGGAAACCAUAAAUUUAUUAUUUUCAAGAAAUCUUGAUUGUAUUUACUUUAAACUUUUACUUCGAGUUGUGGAUUUUGUGGACACUUCCAUUCCAGAAUAA